AUGGCUUCCGAAGCCCCCUCCCAGACACAAACAGCGCCGCCAGCCGAAGGACUCCCUCGCGAGCUGCGCAACGAUCCCGCCCGCACCGGCUUCAACCCGCAGACCAAGUGGUGGAUGAACUACUUCAACGUCCUCACCGGCCGCAUGACCCCCGAGGGCCAGUUCCACUACCGCGAGCACCGCUACCGCGCCAACGAGGAGCGCGACUGCAAGCGCUGCGAGGAGCACCGCGACUGGCUGCUCGCCUUCUCCCCGACCGUCCGCUUCCUCAACGACAAGAUCGCCGCCCUCAACGGCGAGCUCGACAGCUCCAACAUCCUCUGCAGGCGGUGCCCCGCGCGCCUCACCGAGGACGGUCAGGUGCACCGCCAGUCGGGCGGCUUCAGCCCCGCCCACGGCAUCUUGAUCUGCGCGAACGAGGUGAGGGACCGGAAGCAUCUGGAGGAUACGCUCUCGCACGAGAUGGUGCAUGCGUGGGACCACCUGAGGUGGAACGUGGACUGGAUGGGCGAUUUGGACUUGAAGCAUGCGGCGUGUACCGAGAUUCGUGCUUCUGCGCUGAGCGGCGAGUGCAGAUGGACCAGAGAGGCGUUCACAAGGGGGAACUGGAGUUUGUCGCAGCAGUUCCAGGACUGCGUGCGUAAGCGCGCGAUACAAUCCGUCCUCAACCGGCCGAGGUGCAAGGACGACGUCCAGGCGACCAAGGUAGUCAACCAAGUGUGGGAGUCGUGCUUCAACGACACCAGGCCCUUUGACGAGGUCUACAGGUAA